UAUCCUAUAUAUCUAUGGAUGGGAGUCUAUUCUGAUGGCUUUGUCCAGGUUGGCGACCGUGCUGCUGUUUUGGGUUUUGUUGGAGCACCUUGGACGAUAGCUACGUAUAUAGUUGAAGGGGGUACGACUCGCACAUAUACAACCAUAAAGAGAAUGUGUCAUACAUCACCACAUGUAUUGAGGGCCCUUCUUUCUCAUUUGGCACAGGCAAUAACCGAAUACAUUGUUUUCCAAGUGGAAUCUGGUGCUCAUUGCAUACAAAUAUUUGAUUCAUCGGGUGGACAACUAACACCUGAGAUGUGGGAGCACAGGUCAAAACCUUAUAUAGAAGAGAUUGUGAGAGUAGUAAGAAAGAAAUGCCCCAAAACACCUCUUGUUCUAUACAUCAAUGGAAACGGUGGCCUUCUUGAACGUAUGAAAGGAACUGGAGUUGACGUCAUUGGACUGGACUGGACAGUCAACAUGGCAGAUGGAAGGAGACGAUUGGGUAGUGGGAUCGGUGUCCAGGGAAAUGUGGACCCUGCUUACUUAUUUUCUCCUCUUCCUACCCUUACUGAAGAAAUCCAAAGGGUUGUAAGAUGUGCGGGACCGAGAGGACACAUUCUGAAUCUAGGACACGGUGUUCUUGUCAGAACUCCAGAAGAAGCCGUUGCACAUUUCUUUGACGUCUCAAAAACGUUGAAGUACGAUGCGCCUCAAAAUCAUGCCAUAGAGGAACCGAAACUGGUAGCUUAAGGUACAGUAUUGGUUUAAGCACACCUAAGCAUUUUUUUUGUUUAUAAAUUUGGCUUUUGGUUCGGAGUUAACAGCUUGUUCCAGAAAUAGGCAUGCAAUUGGUUUUGCUAUUAGCUAGUGUGCAGGUAAGAAGUUGACUGAAGCCCUGAGUUUCUUUUUACAUGAUUAAGGGUGAGCAUGCUA